CUCCACUCUUGUCCUCAUGCCCUUUGUUUCAGGGGACGGAGCCUAGUGUGCUCAGCUUGACCACCAGGGCCUUUCCGGUAGGCUGCCUGGCUGCUGGCACACAGCAGGGACCACCUGUGUCCAUUGUUGGAAAGAAGCAAGAACAGAUGGGAUUCUAGUUGGAAAUGGGCUCAGUCCAAAACAGACCCCUGGGUGCCUAGCAUCAACAACAGCUCUGCCCAUGCCACCCUGCAGCUAAAGCAUCUAGUUUUAAAUCAUCAACUAUUUAUUUAUCUGUGACUGGACACUUAGGAUGCUUUAAUCUCCCCCUUUAAUUAGAAAAAAAAGUUUGUUUUUGGUGACAUGGCAGACUGUUAACCUCAAAACUCCAGAGCAAGUCAGACAUACCUGGGACCACCCUUCAUUGUUUGUAGCUGAAGUCGGCAAAGAUCAGCGUGUGAGUUGAGCUCUGUGCAGGUGAAGAUCCCCACCAGGUGGGUGGUGGUGUCAGGGCAGAAGCCCCUGGCACAACACUGCCUGCUGUAGCAAAAUUUGGAGGCACUCUGGACACAGUCCCUAGGGCACAGGUCUCAGGCCUGGUUAAGCUGCCAGGUCUCCUGUAGUCUCUCUGCGUGGGUUCAGGGAUGCAGAUCUCGUCACAUGCCUCCUGCUUCAACUCCUUUAGGUUCCCAUCGUCAUGUCAGGAAAGUCUAAAAGCUGCCUGGUGUCCUCCCUAGGUUUGUGCUCUGCAGACCACACUCCCCUGCACUGCCCCAUCCCGGCCUUGACACAGGCUGCUCCCCGUGCCUGCAACAUCCAGCGCCUUUCACAGAGAGGGGUUAAUGUCCACCCAUCCCACAAGACUGAGCCUCAGCAGCUGCAAGUCUGGCUGCAGGGCUUCCCCAGUCCCACAGUCUCCUGGGUUUCAAUGUCCGUGCUCAGGGUGGAGGCCUGUUCUGUGUUUGAACACAGCCUUUGAGCUCCCCUGGGUAAGGACCCCAUCUGUCUCUUGUAGCCCUGGCAGCCAACUCCAUGAUUGGUACAGAAGAGGCACUUUCUAAAGAUCUGAGAAUAAGGGAAAGGAGAGACGGGGAAGCUCUCUGAGGGUGUCUGGGCCUGGGCUGGAGGGUGGUUUAUGGGGGCUCUCUGUGUAAAGCCCCCAGCAUGGGUUGGGGGGAGGCGGCGAUGGCCAGCACAGGCCUGGGGUUGGGGGGCUGAGGCUGCCCUCUGGGCCUGCACUGCAUGAUCAUCCUGCUCGCUCAGCCUUGGGUUCCCUGUUUAGACACCAGGGCCUCUGUGCUGUGGGGGCUGGGGGAGGCAGCUCUUGGUGACAUGGCAUGACCCUAAAUUGCUAAGCAGGUGUGGGAUGAUUUUUCUGCUAUGACAUUAUUUCAGGAAGCUAGGAGUGAAUUUCCUGCCUGAAAGCCUUUGACUGGAGGCUGGGGAGUUAAACUGGACUUUCCUCCCUGGCAGCUGCCAGGAGGGGUAGAGCCAGGGUCAGGUUCAGGGUCAUGGGCAGCCAGUGGGCCUGUCCUCUCUAGCAUAGAGCUCGGCGCUGGCCUCGCCACCUCUGCCACUGACUGCCCCCCACCAGCUCUGAACACAGAAGUGGAAACCAUAUGUAACCAAUGGUCGGAGCCUCUGCCAGAGAUUCUGAGCUCGGCUCGGCUUGUCUCGUCCCUCCCUCCUCCGGAGCCCUGGUUCCCGCAGUCCUGUCUCCUCCCCCUGGGGACCCUUGCCCCCGCCAGCCUCCCAUGCCGAGGUCUGCCUUGUCAGUCAUUUCCUUUUGUCACCGGCUUGGCAAACAGGAGAGAAAACGGAGCUUCAUGGGGAACAGCAGCAACAGUUGGUCCCACACGCCGUUCCCCAAGCUGGAGCUGGGGCUGGGGUCCCGGCCCACGGCGCCCCGCGAGCCGCCCGCCUGCUCCAUCUGCCUGGAGAGGCCACGUGAGCCCAUCUCGCUGGACUGUGGCCACGACUUCUGCCCGCGGUGCUUCAGCACCCACCGUGUGCCUGGCUGCGGGCCGCCCUGCUGCCCCGAGUGCCGCAAGACCUGCAAGCGGAGGAAGGGCCUGCGGGGCCUGGGGGAGAGGAUGAGGCUCCUGCCGCAGAGGCCGCUGCCCGCCGCCGCGCUGCAGGAGACCUGCGCCGUGCGGGCCGAGCCGCUGCUGCUGGUGCGGAUCAACGCCUCGGGGGGUCUCAUCCUGCGGAUGGGCGCCAUCAACCGCUGCCUGAAGCACCCGCUGGCCAGGGACACCCCCGUCUGCCUCCUCGCCGUCCUGGGGGGGCCACACUCAGGGAAGACCUUCCUCCUCAACCACCUGCUCCAGGGCCUGCCCGGCCUGGCGUCCGGCGAGGGCGGCUGGCCGAGGGGCGGGGGCUCCGGGCAGGGGUUCCGGUGGGGAACCAACGGCCUCUCCAGGGGCAUCUGGAUGUGGAGCCACCCCUUCCUGCUGGGGAAGGAGGGGAGGAAGGUGGCCGUGUUCCUGGUGGACACGGGGGACGUCAUGAGCCCAGAGCUGAGCAGGGAAACGAGGACCCGGCUGUGCGCCCUCACCUCCAUGCUGAGCUCUUACCAGAUCCUCACGGCUUCCCAGGAGCUGAAGGACACAGACCUGGAGCACCUGGAGACAUUUGUCCACGUGGCCGAGGUGAUGGGCAGACACUAUGGCAUGGUGCCAAUCCAGCACCUGGACCUCUUAGUUCGUGACUCCUCCCACACCAGCAAGGCUUGGCAGGGUCACAUGGGCGACAUCAUCCAGAAAUCGUCCGGCAAGUACCCCAAGGUCCAGGGGCUGCUCCAAGGGAGGAGAGCCCGCUGCUACCUCCUUCCAGCUCCUGGGCGGCGGUGGGCGAGCCGAGGCCAUGGAAGCUCAGGCGACACAGAUGAUGAUGCUGGCCGCCUGCGUGCCUACGUGGCUGACGUGCUGAGCGCGGCCCCCCAGCACGCCAAGAGCCGCUGCCCGGGCUACUGGAGCGAGGGGCGCCCCGCGGCCCGGGGGGACCGACGCCUGCUCACAGGGCAGCAGCUGGCUCAGGAGGUCAAGAACCUCUCGGGCUGGAUGGGCAGGACGGGCCCCAGCUGCACCUCCCCGGAUGAGAUGGCCGCCCAGCUGCAUGACCUGCGGACAGUGGAAGCUGCCAAGAAGGAGUUUGAGGAGUAUGUGCGGCAGCAGGACGCAGCCACCAAGCGCAUUUUCUCUGCGCUUCGGGUACUGCCAGACACCAUGCGGAACCUCCUGUCGGCCCAGAAGGACACGCUGCUGGCCCGGCACGGGGCAACCUUGCUGUGCGCCGGGAGGGAGCAGACCUUAGAGGCCCUGGAGGCUGAGCUGCAGGCCGAGGCCAAGGCCUUCAUGGACUCCUACACCGUGCGCUUCUGUGGCCACCUGGCUGCCGUUGGCGGCGCAGUGGGCGCGGGGCUCAUGGGUCUGGCGGGGGGCGUGGUAGGCGCAGGCAUGGCCGCAGCGGCGCUGGCCGCAGAGGCUGGGAUGGUGGCUGCGGGAGCUGCGGUGGGGGCCACGGGGGCAGCCGUGGUCGGGGGAGGUGUGGGUGCCGGGCUGGCGGCCACAGUGGGCUGCAUGGAGAAGGAGGAAGACGAGAGGGUGCAGGAGGGGGACCGGGAGCCCCUGCUGCAGGAGGAGUGACCCCUGCCUGGAUGCUCCAGGGCUAGAUGCUGGGGGGAGGGGCGGACGUGGGAGAGGACUGGGGGUGCUGAUCCGAGGGCCCCCACGUACCACACUGUCCUGGGUGAACAGCCCAUCCGGGUGGUGACAGAAUCACAGUCACCAAGAAACCGAGAGGGCUCAGGGCCGGGAGGGGCCUGAACAAAGCCUUGGGCUGUUUCUGUCUCAGACAGUCCCAAACCUGCCUCUCUUCCUAAAUGAACAGGCCCAGGGUCUCCCACCAAGAGCGUGGCCCACCCUCUGCACCCUGGCUUCUUUCCUGGGACUGCAGCAGGGCUGGGCAGGCGCCAUUCUGAAGCCUCCCCUUCAGAGAUGGAAGCAGUCCCAGGAUGGGGGAUCCUGUUGAUCAGGAUCAGGAGCCCUGAAGAGGGGCUGAGAAUGGGAUGAGUGCCCUCCCCCCCACCCCACCCCGGCAGCACACAGUGGCCUAACCCUAGAGCGGAGACUCCUCCCAAAGUUACCCCAGCAGGACGGGGGCCUCCCCUCCUCCGGCAGCCCUGGGGAGCCUGCACGUGCCCUGAGAGCCGGGCCCCUUAUGUGUCCCUCAUGGUCGUGCCCGAUGUCCAGCCCUGUCAGUGUCCAUGUUCUCUGUGGAAUGCCAUCCCAGCAAUGGGUCAGAGCCAAAGAAAAACACCAGUAGUUGCUGAAUUAUACCGACAGCCCUCAUCUCAGAUUCUAGGAAAGUCCUGGAGGAACAGGUCCAUGGACCACACCGCCCCCUGAAGCCGGGGGACACCCCUUGGGCCCGUUGGCAGGAGACCUGAAUGCAGCCCCAUGGCAAGCCCGAGGAGGAUGGGAGAGCCCCACGAAGAGCCUUCUAGGCUAUUAAACCGCGAAGGAUUAAUGGGUGCAUCCUACGAAAAAUAAAACGUGUGUGCUUGAGUGUCA